UGUCAAAUUACGCUUUCCUCCAGUUUCCAGAUCCUCGAGGAUCUGGAGGCUAGGCUGGCAAAGCUCGGAUGGCUUCACCAAACGAGUUACGGAUCGAGCACCGCAACUGCACAGGCAUCGGUUGGGUCAAACUCGAUACCGACCUGAAACAAAAAGAAAGCGAUAGAGCCCAUCCCGUGGACAGUACUUUUGGUGCUCUGGCCACCCCACCGGAAGUCCAAUGUAUAGGUAGGCGCUUCCAAAGCUGCAGCAAUGAUCAGCGUGGAGAGGGUUGGUCACAGGUGGAUAGCCAUACAUGGGCAGUGGUUUGCGGCGGCACGCUCCGGAUGAUGCAGAGACCUUCUGCUGGAGCAGAGUCGGAUGCAAUUCAGCGGCUGCUGUGGCAAUGCGAAGGUGUGAGCUUCCGCAUUGAGCGCGUACCGAUUCCAGCUGCUCCAGCUCAGAAGCAGGAGGCAGCAGUCCGGGAGCCACAACCAGAGGUGCACAAUGAAACUGACAUAGAAGAUGUCAAGAUAGAGGAUGUGAUAGCGGGUGCCGCUCGAGGGGCAUCCGCUGUAGCAUCACGUGCAAAAACGAUAGUUAUGUUUUGGGCAUCAGAACGCAAAAGUUCACAGAGCCUUUCGCCAGGCUCAUUUGUCAUGGAUGUUGCAAAAGCCUCUAGACGGAUUUGCACGCAGGCUGGGAAAAUAUCUCAGCGAUCUGUCGAGCAGGCAAGGCAAGUCGUGUUUUUCCCCUUCCGACUGGUGGCAGCUCCUGGUGCGCCAAAGCCAGGACAGGAUCCUUCUUGAUCUUAGCAUCAGCUGACGUUAAUUCGCGCUUCAGAUUGUCGGGAUUCUUUUGCAGGUGAUCCGAUUUGGCAAAUGUUGUGUUUGG